AUGGUUCGUAGCAUGAUUUCCAGAACUGAUUUGCCUAAGCAUCUUUGGGGAAAUGCGAUCAAAACAUCAAACUACAUACUUAAUAAAGUGCCCAGCAAAUUUAUGCCUAAGACACCUUUUGAAAUUUGGACUACAAGAAAGCCUAGCUUGCGACAUCUUUAUGUACGGGGUUGCAAGGCUAAAGCUAAAAUCUAUAACCCUCAAGAGAAGAAGCUUGAUCUAAAAAUGAUUAGCUGCCAUUUUAUUGGUUAUCGUGCAAGGUCAAAGGGUUUUAGAUUUUACUGUCCAAAUUAUGGUAUCCAGAUCAUUGAGACUGGUUGUGCAAAGUUUAUAGAGCAUGAGGAAAAUGCCACUGGGAAUGAAGAUUUUAUUUUUGAAGAAAAAUGUGAUGUAGAUGUGAUCGAGAAUGAUGAACAAGAUGUUACACCCUUGAUUCAUUUAAGUGAAACUGUAUUGGAACCUCCUCAGUUUGAAGAAUGA